AGAACAAACUCAUCUACCCCUAGUGUUUUAUCCUUGAAGAGUGACCGGUCAAUGCAAAUGCCAAUUCAACUUCAAAAUGGAUCAGUUCCAGAGGAAAAAAGGGAUUUACACAGAAAAUCAUGUCAAGAUGCAGAGAAGACUGGUAGCUCUCCUGGAAGAUUCAUGGAAUAUCAAUUUGAUUCAGAAACAGUUGAAGUCAAGAUUCAAAGAUUAAGAUCAGAAAUAAAAAACAGGCAUCUGUACAUUUUUGAAGGAUUUGUAAAGCAGGGAAACUCAACACUCCUGAAAGAGAUUUACACAGAGCUCUACAUCACAGAGGGAGGGAAUGGAGAGAUCAGUAAUGAGCAUGAAAUUAAAAGAAUAGAAAAAACUUUGAAGGCUCCUGCAGGAGCAACGAUACCAAUCAAAUGCAAUGAUAUUUUUAGAGCUUUACCUGGACAAGACAAACCCAUCAGAACUGUGCUGACAAAGGGAGUCGCUGGCAUUGGAAAAACAGUCUCUGUGCAGAAGUUCAUCCUGGACUGGGCUGAAGGGAAAGAGAAUCAGGAAGUCCAGCUCAUAUUUCCACUUCCUUUCAGAGAGCUCAAUCUGAUGAAGGACAAAACACUCAGUCUUUCAGAUCUUCUUCACGUCUUUUUCCCUGAAACAAAAGAAAUAGACAUUUUCAGUGACAAAUAUAAAGUGUUGUUCAUCUUUGAUGGUCUGGACGAGUGUCGUCUGUCUCUGGAUUUUCAGAGCGAUGUGAGGUUGUGUGAUGUAAGUGAAUCAGUCUCAGUGGAUGUGCUCCUGACGAACCUCAUUGUGGGCAAUCUGCUUCCCUCUGCUCUCAUCUGGAUCACCUCAAGACCAGCAGCAGCUGAUCUCGUCCCCUCUGAGUGUGUCCAUCAAGUGACAGAGGUACGAGGCUUCAAUGAUCCACAGAAGGAGGAAUACUUCAGGAAGAGAGUCAGUGAUCAGAGUCUGGCCGAGAGGAUCAUCUCACACCUGAAGUCAUCAAGGAGCCUCUUCAUCAUGUGCCACAUCCCAGUGUUCUGCUGGAUCUCAGCCGCUGUUCUGGAGGAGAUGUUGAGUCGAGCAGAGCGUGGAGAGAUUCCCAAGACUCUCACUCAGAUGUACACACACUUCCUGAUGGCACAGAUUAAUAUUAAAGACACAAAGUACAAUGAGAACAAAGACUCUGACAAAGAGAUGAUUUUCAAACUAGGGAAACUGGCAUAUGAGCAACUGGAUAGAGGCAACCUGAUCUUCUAUGAGGAAGACCUGAGAGAGUGUGGCAUUGAUGUGACAGAAGCAUCAGUGUACUCAGGAUUGUGCACUCAGAUCUUCAGAGAGGAGUUUGGCUUGUAUCAGGGGAAAGUCUUCUGCUUUGUUCAUCUGAGUGUUCAGGAACAUCUAGCGGCUCUAUAUGUGUAUCUCUCUUUCCACAACAGCAGAAUAAACAUGCUUGAAGCACAUGAAUCUGGAUCGUCUGUGACAAUAGUGACUUUACACAAGUGUGCAGUUGAAAAAAGUCUAAAAAGUAUGAAUGGGUAUCUUGAUCUUUUCCUUCGAUUCCUGAUUGGACUUUCUCUGGAGUCAAAUCACAGUCUAUUAAAAGGGCUUUUGGUGAAGAAGACAGACAGCUCCCUGGAAACAGAGAAAACUAUUGAUUAUCUCAAGAAAAAGAUAAAAACAAUCCCUUGCUCAGAAAUGGCUCUUGUUAUGUUCCACUGUCUGAAUGAACUCAAUGAUCAUUCCCUCAUUACUGAAAUCCAAAGCUACCUGACUUCUGGAAAGCUGAACAGCGAAGCUCUGUCCCCAGAUCUCUGGUCGGCUCUGGUGUACAUCUUAAUGACAUCAAAUGAGAAGUUUGAGGAUUUUGAACUUUGUAACUAUGGAAGAUCAGACGCGACUCUGUUCUGGCUGCUUCCUGUUAUCAAGCUUUCAAAAAAGAUCUGGAUGCAUGACUGUAAUAUCACAGAAAUAGGAUGCGUAGUGCUUUCUGCUGUUCUUCCAUCAAUAUCCAAUCUCAGAGAGCUGGACCUGAGCCACAACAACCUGCAGGACUCAGGAGUAGAAAUACUCUGUAUUGGAUUGAAAAGAUCACACUACGACUUAAAAAAAAUACUGAGGAUCCUGGGUUCUGAUGUCUGUAAACCUGAUCUUGAUUUUAUCGUUCUUCCUACUGCUGGACUAGAGGACACAAAGUGUAGGCUGGAAUCACUGAAUCUGAAGAACUGUGGAGUAACAGAAGCAGGCUGUGUUUACCUGAGCAAAGCUCUGAGUUUAAACCCUUCAUAUCUAAAAGUGCUGGACUUGAGCUGGAACAACAUUGGAGACUCUGGAGUGAAACAUCUCUGUGCUGCUCUGGAGAAAGUUCACUGUGCACUGGAAACACUAAAACUUUCAACUUGCAAAAUCAAAACAGAAGGUUUUGGAUCUCUGGCUUCAGUUCUGAGGUCAAACUCUGAGAGAACUGGACUUGGGCAACAACAGACCUGGAGAUCAGGGAGCAGAGCUUCUUUCCGCUGUUCUUCAGUAUCCAAACUGUAGACUGAAAACACUGAGGUUGGACAAAUGUGGAAUCACUGAGAGAAGCUGCACUGCUCUGGCUUCAGCUCUCAGCUCAAAGACCUUCAGUCUCACAGAUCUGGAUCUGAGCAUUAAUGAUCUACAAGAUUCAGGAGUGAAGAAACUCUGUGCUGGA